ACAGUUUUCAGAAUCACACCCGGUUUCUCUCAACAGAUCUAGUUCCUAUAAAAUACACAUUUUGUUUUAUCUUUGCAUGGUCUGGUCAUAAUCACUCAAGAACCAUACAUCUACAUUUGAAUUUUAAGGAGUACACUGCUUGGCCCGAAUAACCAUUGUUUUCAUUAUACCAGCAUUCCAUCCAGGCUGGUCCAUUUCUCACUUAUAUACCAAUACAAUAAAUAAGUCUGGUUGCUUGAACCAUGGAUGAAUGUUGCACAAAGAUUACCACAUCGAGCAGUUCUAAUCAUUCAAUGGUCAGCUUGCAAGCUUUAGGUGGUCUAGGAGCUGGUAUAAUAGCUCUGAGGUACCCAUGGAUACUGUAUUGGGGCUUUACAAAUGUGGAUGAAAUCCUACUCAUGGGGAAGAGUGCUUCAGCACCUGGAAUAUGGCUGUUGACUCAAUUGGUGGGGGCCAAAGUUGUGGCGACUGCUCUUUGCAGGGGAUCUGGGCUUGUGGGUGGUCUUUAUGCCCCAAGCUUGAUGAUUGGUGCUGCUCUUGGUGCCGUGUUUGGGGGUUCGGCUGCAGAAAUCAUCAAUUCAGCCAUCCCAGGAAAUGUUGCUGUUGCCCAGCCACAGGCCUACGCUCUGGUCAGGAUAGCCGCUACGUUCACUUCAGUUUGUUCAGUUCCCUUGACAUCAGUGCUACUUCUGUUUGAGCUGACAAAGGAUUACAGAAUUUUGCUUGCACUCAUGGCAUGCCUUCAGGUUCCUGAAACAGUUGUCCAGCAGAUAUUUUUGCUAAACAGCCUUGAUGUGGAGCUUUAUAAGCAUGCGCAGGAGGACAUCUUUGCACAGCAGCGGAAACAUCUUGCCGAGAAGUUGGAUAAAGUGUUUAACAGAAUCAGAAUAGUUCAAUGACAGAGAGCAAAUGGCCAAAAGUGGAGGUGGGGGCAUUGUGGUCUGUAAUAAUAACCAACUGCCAAUUACAAUUCCAUGCGUCUCAAGUUGGCUUGAAACAAUGAAAAUUGCUUCUGCACCCCUUCCAUGAAAAUCUCUCUCUACACUCUAAAAACACCUAAACCCCCCAGAGAAAGCCCAAAAGCUUCAUCUUAUUUCUCUGAGGAGCGAUGGAGAAGACGAUGAUGCUCUAAGGAAAGGCUACUUGGGAUGGUCCAAACCGGUGAGAUCUUACCCUUUGUUUCUUUUCUUAGUUAGCUUAAUCUUAGUAUUAGUUUUGAUCUCAUAUCUUUCUUUUCUAGUUCAUCCCAUUUCUUUU